AUGACUGGCCGGCGUGCUGUCCGCCGUGUACGAGGAAGGCGAACGAAAAAACAGAGGUUUUCUAUCGAGAAUUCAAAUUCUGUUAUGUUGAACGACCAACGACCGCCACCGGUCACCUCAGCUGGCAGGAGGUGUCUCUUCCCGGCCGAUCGUCAACAACCUGCAACCCCCGACGACAAUUUGGAAUUGGCGAUGGAAAUCGAACGGGAGCUGCUGGCACGAAAACGGAACCAGUGGAGUUUCGAUUUCGUCAACGGUACACUGGUGGAUGAAGAGCUUUCCAAUAGUAAUUGGCAAUGGGAAAUAAUCGUUGUAUAG